GCUAGGUUUCGGCGGGCGAAGCCGACGUUGGGAGGCACGCCCCGUAGCUCGGCUGGGCCCUGCAACUGAUAUCCGGGCCGGGGGAUCCCAUACCUGUGCCCUGGAAGUCUCUGGCACUGUGCGAUGCUGGGGUUGGGGCGAGUUUGGGCAGCUUGGCGAUGGGCGGACGCUGGAUAGCCUUUACCCUGUGCGUGUUGCACACAUAGAGCAUGCUGACGCCAUCUGCUCCGGUGCGCUUCACAGCUGUGCCGUAGAAGACGGCAUGGUAAAAUGCUGGGGCUGGGGAGAGCGAGGGCAACUUGGCAUGUUCAACGGAACGCGGCGCACGGAGAACAGCGCUGUGCCUGUGGUGGUCGAGGGCCUUGAAGACGUCACCGACGUGGCCUGUGGAUACCAGCAUUCCUGCGCCAUGCAUGGCUCAGAUGACAACCAGACGACCACCUGCUGGGGUGAAGGAAUCGAUCGACAACUGCAGCGGCACGAUGAGAUCUGGAUCAAGACAGCGCGGCGA